AUGGAUAGAGCUCUUGACGACGUCGUGAGAGAGCGCUCGCGCGGAAACAAUAAUGGCGGAAACAAUGGCGGGAACGGGACCGGGAAUGGGAACCGAAGCCGCCGUAGGACAGAUCGAAGGGGCGGCGUCAGAAAGACCGGAAACCCAAGAGGAUACAGCGAUUCCCUAGCUUGGGUACACGAUAAAUACGAAGGCGAUGCUUCCGGCGGAGAAGUAUACAGACGCGGUGGAUCAGCCGAUGCUCGUUUUGCUUCUGAGACAGGCAGAAAUGCUCCCAGCUCGGGCAAAUUGAGAGUUGAAAAUAUCCAUUACGAACUUGGACGCGAUGACCUUAUGGAGCUUUUUGAGCGCCAGGGUAUUGUCACAAAGCUCGAGCUCCAGUACGAUCGUGCCGGCCGCUCGGAAGGCACAGCAUUCGUGACUUACGAGCGCGAAGAAGACGCCAAGCGUGCUGUGGCCGAAUUUGACGGCGCAAACGCAAAUGGCCAGCCAAUCCGCCUCUCCUUUGUCAAGCCAAUCUCAACCUCCAAGUCUCUUUUCGACCGCAUUAAGGCCCCUACAUUGGACGAACGCUCUAGCUCCGAACCAAUGCGCCGCGGUGGAUCUGGAAGACGGGAGGCGAAAUCGUCCCCUGGCCCGGAUGUACGCCGUGAUCCCACCCGCCGCCCUACACCCCCUGGUAUCGACCGCUAUGUGCCCCCAGAAAGACGACGUGAGCGUGCCAGAGCCGAUGAGCCCCUAAGGGGUGGCGAGAGAAAUCGCGGUGGAAGAGAUGGCGGAAGGAACAACAACAACAACAGCGCAAGGAAGGAGAAUCCUAGGACCGGUGCUGGAAAUGGUAGAACCAGGAAGACUGUAGAAGAGCUGGACGAGGAGAUGAACAAUUACUUUGCAGAGGCCGGCGCCGAAACUCCAGUUCCUGCAGUCAAUACUCAUAUCUCUGCACCAGUGGCUGAUGAGGACGAGGAGAUGAUCCUUUAA